UCGCACGCGGCCCAGACGAGCGAGGUCCUAGCGGAGUCCCGAGUCCAGGAAGAUGUCUGCCCACAGGAGGGUGGAGGCGACAGUUCUGGCAUGGGCUUGGAUAUCCUGGAUGGCCUCCAUCGCGCUGUUCAUGGGUCAGAUCAGGUCGGAAGUCGCGGCCACCGGGGUGCAGCUGGACGGUGACCUCAUUCUGGGAGGCCUGUUCCCCGUGCACGAGAAAGGGGACAAGACGCCAUGCUCGUCUGCCGUGUACGACCGCGGGCUACAGCGCCUGGAGGCGAUGCUGUACGCGGUCGACCUGAUCAACAAGGACCCCGUUCUCCUGCCCAACAUUACGCUGGGCGUCCACAUCCUUGACACCUGCUCUAGGGACACCUACGCCCUGAACCAGUCGCUGGAAUUCAUCCGAGUGUCCCUGGACGCGCUGGACACCUCCGGGCUGGAGUGCUCGGACGGAAAGGAACCGCGCGUCAAGUACCGAGCCAAGCCCGUGCGCGGCGUCGUCGGGGGCUCCUACUCGUCCGUGAGCCUCCAGGUGGCCAACCUGUUCCGCCUGUUCCACAUCCCGCAGGUGAGCCCCGCCUCCACCGCCCGGGCGCUCUCCGACAAGGACCGCUACGAGUUCUUCGCGCGGACGGUCCCGCCGGACACCUUCCAGGCCAUGGCCAUGAUGGACGUGAUGCAGCUCUUUAACUGGUCUUACAUCUCUACCAUCUACUCCGAGGGAUCCUAUGGCGAGUUCGGCAUCGAGGUCAUCCACAACUUGGCCGGCGCGAGGAACAUCUGUAUCGCCGUCUCCGAAAAGAUCCCGCACAACGCCGACCACCGCCUCUACGAGGACAUCGUGAUGAGCCUCCUGAAGAAGCCCACGGCGAGGGCGGUGGUCCUCUUCACGCGCGCAGAGGAUGCAAGGUAAGGCGGACGCCAAAAGAGCUCGAAUGAUGGGCCCUACAAGAGUAUGGUAAAUGGUGAGCUU